GAUUCUGGAACACAGAGAAUACACUGGCCCUCACAUAAUUCUUCUUCGACGGCAGUAUAGUUUCGUUUUUCCAGGGAAAACGUUUGUCUUUCUUGGGAAAAUCUUCGUUUCUUUUUGUUCAUUUUAAAGAGUUGAUUUUUGGUUACAGCAUGGGGAAAGGUGGCCAGAACAUUGGCAAGCUAGAAACCAACAGUCCUCGAAACAGCCCACGCUUCUUCACCAAUCCGAAUAUCUUCCCUGCAUGGUCCAAGGACGUUUACGAAUGCGAGAACCAUUUCCAGGUGACCCAAAAAUCCGGCGUCCUAUCUGCAGACGUCGAGAGGCGACGCAAGAUUCAUGGCUUCAACGAACUGGACAAGCACGAUGGACCCUCCAUUUGGAAAUUGAUCCUUGAGCAAUUCGAGGACACUUUAGUACGUAUCCUCCUUGCUGCCGCCGUCAUUUCCUUCGUUCUCGCCUGGUACGACGGCGAGACAGAUGAUGGGAAGAAAGAACUCAAUGCCUUCGUGGAACCUUUCGUGAUUUUCCUUAUCCUGAUCGUUAAUGCAAUCGUUGGAGUGUGGCAGGAAAAUAAUGCUGAGAAAGCACUGGAAGCAUUGAAAGAAAUCCAGUCUGAGCACGCGACGGUUAUCCGCGACGGAAAGAAAAUCACUAAUCUGUCAGCCAAGGAGCUUGUUCCUGGCGAUAUUGUCGAACUUAAAGUCGGCGACAAGGUCCCUGCCGACAUGCGAGUUCUGGAGUUGAUAAGUUCGACACUGAGAGUAGAGCAAGGCUCACUCACCGGAGAGAGCGAAGCAGUGAAUAAAACGACCAAGGCCGUUGCGGAGGACUCAGAUAUUCAAGGGAAGAAGUGUAUGGUUUUUGCAGGGACAACGGUGGUGAACGGGAGUUGCGUUUGCUUGGUUACACAAACGGGUAUGGAAACCGAGAUUGGAAGAGUGCACACUCAGAUUCACGUAGCAUCCCAGAUGGAGGAAGAAACUCCAUUGAAGAAGAAGCUCAAUGAGUUUGGAGAAAUGCUCACGAAGAUUAUCGGACUGAUAUGCGUAUUGGUCUGGUUAAUCAAUGUCAAGUACUUCUUUACCGUGGAAUAUUACGAAAGUGGUUGGCCUAGGAAUUUCAAGUUUUCGUUCGAGAAGUGCACUUAUUACUUCGAGAUCGCAGUGGCAUUGGCUGUAGCUGCUAUACCUGAAGGCUUGCCUGCGGUGAUUACUACGUGUUUGGCACUUGGCACUCGAAAAAUGGCACAGAAGAAUGCAUUUGUCAGGAAGUUGCCAAGCGUGGAGACUCUGGGGUGCACCACAGUGAUAUGCUCAGAUAAAACUGGUACAUUGACUACUAAUCAGAUGGCUGUGGCGAAGCUUGUUGCAAUGGGGCAGGCAGCGGAGGAAUUGAGAAGCUUUAAGGUUGAUGGGACUAGUUACAGCCCUUAUGAUGGGGAAAUACAUGACUGGCCAAGCGAAGAAAUGGAUGCUAAUCUCCAAAUUAUUGCAAAGAUUGCUGCUGUGUGUAAUGAUGCGAGUGUUGCAGAGUCGGAGCAUAGAUUUGUGGCCAGUGGAAUGCCAACUGAGGCAGCUUUAAAGGUUCUUGUUGAGAAAAUGGGCUUUCCAGAGGGAUUACUUCCUGACGGAUCGUCAUGUGGCGAUGUUGAUCUUCUAUGUUGUUGCCAAAGGUGGAAUGAA